AUGUCUGUCGAGGUCUCAUCCAAUGACCCGCAGCAAUUGGAUGCAAUUCUCACCCGGUUUCGUGACGAGCCCGUGGAUUCAGGCGGCGAUGUCGAUACUCUCUUGCCUCCUAUUCUUCAAUUUCUCAUGGAUCGUCGGACUGGCUCCGAUGGCUUGUAUCACUGGUUUUGCGACCGUGCUUCUCAGCUUACUUUAAAGGCUGCUACGUUUUUGCUGCGGCUCUUUGCUUACGACAAUGGUCGAGUUGAAGAAUGGAAGAUACGUCUCCAGUCAAUCUUACAGUCUUGUCAUGCGUGCGCCCAGGGUUUACAGGAAGCGAAAUUGAACUGCCAGCAGACAUACCUUUCCGCUUUUCCAGAUGAUACAAUUGCAUCGUUCUUCAGCAGCUUCAACGAAUGGGAGCUGGGAAUCGUAUUUGAUACGUUUCAGUCUGGUCCAGGGCCUUCGCCACUCGCUACCUCUUCGACUGCUAUGUCAGUGACUUUUUACCACUGGGUUUCUAAUUUGCACAUCGUGGGGGACGAACGAAUCAUCUCCAAAACUCGACCUCACAUUCCUUCGAAACCCUUCGCUAACUGGCCUGAUGGAACUCCACCUCCCGGCCUCUUCUAUCUUGUCAUGCAUGAGGACUCAGUUCUUCGUUCGUGGGCCAGCUCGCAGAUAUCUUACCACCAUAAGGCCAUAGAGGUUUCAACAAGCAAAUCUUUACCCCUCUAUAUCACUGCUUUUGAGACUGUGGCGUCGGCUCUAGGUACUACGCCAGGGUACCUUACCUCGAACGGGCACCCAGGUUCUAGAUCGUUAUACCGCGAUCUGGCCCUUGGCGCGAGCACCUUCCCUUUUUCAAAGGAUCCAAUAAUACUCUGGUCUGGCUUCCGCGUCGCCCUGCGUCAUUUUCCGCAGGAGUUCCUCAAGGCAGGAGUUUAUACCGGUCUAGACGUUCGCCACAUCACUGCAGGACAUCUACACGAUGUCGGCCCUCAAUUCUUCGAUGUAUUGCGCUGUGUGCUAUUUUUCCUCAAACAUCUCGGCAGUAACACAUGGGAAGGAGAGGGAUCAGAUUAUUCUAUCAUGGUAUUUGAUUCGAUAAAGGAUAAUCCUCAAUUCUCGGACCACAUACUAGGCAUACACGAUGCAGACGGACUGCCAUGGACAUUGCUUUGGUUCUCUGAGUAUAUCCUGAGCGCGUGGAGUCUCCCAAUAUUUGGAGGGCUUCUCGCCAAAAUGGUCGAUUUCCUUUGCGAGGAACUUCAGCAUGAACGUUUCCAGGAAUCACGCUCAACGACCAUGAUUGCGGCCCUAUUUCGAACAAUUCUACGGAAGUGUGAGGAGACUUCUGCCACGAGCCAACUCACUGAUACGCUCAAUGUGCUGGACAUCCACGCAGACCGAUUCGUCGCGAUUGCGUUCGCGCAGUCAUACCGUGGUCCCAAUUGGGCCAAGGCUCGAAUCGCUUGUCGCAAACUUGUUCAAAGUAUCCUACGAAGGGAUGUUCAAGAUGUGAAUAGGACGAUCGCUCAUCUAUGCCGUGCCAUCGCUAAACCAACAGAACCGGCAGCUAUGCUGCUGCCUAGAGUCCCAAAGUCAAUUUGGAAGAAGGUAUAUAAUGAUAUUCAGGCCGAUGACCCUGAUGGUGUUGAGAUGAUCAUCUCCUCUAUCGCACUCUCUGCGCAUCUGGACACGCUCUCAUCAAAGGCCUUCAGCACCGCAAAGAAGGUGUAUUCUCAGGCGUCGGUGGCCAUCGCUCGGGUCAAUGCUUGCAUUGUGACAUUCCGCGAGGGGUUUUUGGAUAUGGUAUCCAACUAUACCAAUCACAACUCAUCUUCUGCUGUCAAAGAGCUGAUCCACCGCCCGUCGAUGACAAAGGCAGUCACAUUCCUGAUGUUAUGUCCUGACAACGAUAUCCAACUGGCUGCUCAGACACUUAUUGGGCAAGCUUUCGACGUCGAUAUCCGAUCUGAAUGUUUCCGCGCCCUCCUAGAGCACAUCCCUUAUUCACUUUCCGCCAUCUUCGAAUUCAUCCGAACCUUCGUGGAAUACGUGAUCAUGGCUCCAGAAGCAUGCAACUUGUCGAAGGCUUUGGUCCAGUGCUUGACUGACGUGAUUGAGGUUCUUUGCUCUAGCUCGGACGGUCUGUUACAGGAGGAUGCCACAUCGAAGCGAGUGGGACCGGACUUGCCGGAACUUUGGAGUCUCAUGACGCAGGCACUAGCUCUGAUCUUCAAAGGGACUCCCGCAUGGUCUCUGUAUUUCGAGUCUGAAGAGCUGAUCAUCUGGAUGAGAGACGCCUUAAUCUUUGGUCGAGAGAUGCUGGCGCAGUGGAGAGUGUUUGAGACUGCCGCUGUCCAAGCCUCAGACACGACAUCAUCGUCUGCAACGACAAGGCGAAAGCUAUCUCAAAUUGGCAGAAAGAUGGUGGACGACAUGCAGCAAGUCCUUCGCGAGUUGGCACGCUGGCUCCGCCUUACCGAUGAAGAGCUGUUACACCAGUCUUUUGCCCUCUUCCAUUCGCUGCUCGGUUGUUUCAAGGACACUCAUACUGCUCCCGACCCCGAUCUUAUCGCGAAAGUUACCAGACACAUCGAGGCAGCUCGUAAUCCUAGGAAUGGUCUUCCCCAAUCUCGGCUGGACUCCGCGCGCUUGUCGAAAUUAGAGGAUGCUCUCGAGUGGUUCCAAGAAGGCGAUAUUGAGAUCAUAUCCCAUACACCAGCGCUCAAGAAAGAGGCUCGACAUACCGAGGAGCUCAAGCACAAAUUAAGCAGUCGAGUGCCUGACCGCACAUCUCGAACUGGCUCCACUUCUGCUCAUCCACAACUUUCCAAGUCAACCAAGUCAAUUUCCACGAAACAUGAGCAGAAGAUGUCAAAUAUGGGCGCGCCGGCACCCCCGAUGCCCAAGUUCAAAGAUUCACAGCUUUCGUUAGCGGCCAGCAUUCGGCUGAAUAAGAAGAGAAAUCAGCUUGUCUCUUCAUCUGCAGGUGAAGAGUCCGGCGACGAAAACAGCGACAAUGAAAGUAGAAUUACAGACCUAGGGGAUAUGCAACGCGCACACAAAAUCAAGAAGCUUCCUACUGGACCCCGCAGAAUCCAAUUAAUAGAUGCUCCCACCACCGCUAGAAAUGCAGCAUUGGAGCGGGUCAGACAGGCGAAUGCAAUUCAAGAUGCUAGGAAACUCGCAUUCCGCCUUAAACCUGAUGUAACGGCACUUCAUCGGACGGUCUUAUCAUGGACAUACGACCAUCCAGGGGGUGAGCCUCCAACCGCGAAGAAAUUAGAUCUAGUGCGCAUUCCGGAUCAGUUCAUCGAUCAUGAUCAAUAUCGUAACGUCUUCGAACCUCUGCUCCUGCUUGAGUGUUGGGCGCAGAUUGUACAGUCCAGAGAAGAGCCUAAGGAUGUCUAUGAAUGCAAGUUGACCGCACGAUCUUUUAUGGACGACUGGCUAGACGUGGAUAUCCUCAUCUCCGAGCCUGUCAAGAGAGGCUGGUUCCUCACCGAUACCGAUAUAGUACUCUUGCAGCAUCCCGCAAAGAAGGCAUCCAUCCUCGGGAAAGCAAUGAACUUUAGGACUAUGCCUAUCGGUAUCCAGUCUGUUCAGGCCACUAUUCGGUGCUUUGUGGGCAAUGGCACGGAUCCCGGAUUACAACAGGGAUCCACUUGGCGUGUCUCCAAGAUUUUCAGUCUCAGCACGCUACACCGCGAAUACGGAGCACUCGUUGCAUUGCGAUAUUAUGAUCAUGCCUCCUUCUUUUUGAGACCUGAGCUGUCAAAGAAGCCGCAAAUCGACCGCAAGGAUAUUCAGCAGACAAUGGCCUCGUAUAAUGUCAAUGAGCCUCAGGCAGUCGCGAUUGCGAGUGCUAUGCGGACCGAGGGAUUUUCUUUGAUCCAAGGACCUCCAGGGACUGGAAAAACCUCAACGAUUUGUGGCCUUGUUCAGUCAUUCUUGGCGAACCGUCCUCGUGCAGCAACUGCAAUUCACAUCGGACAGCCUUCAAGGCAGCCAGACAAGCCUAUACCGAAGAAAGUCCUGCUUUGUGCCCCGAGUAAUGCUGCUAUUGACGAGCUUGCUAAUCGUGUCAAGGAUGGCGUUACUGGAUCUGCGAAAGGAAACAUAGUGCCGAAGGUUGUCCGCGUCGGUGCCGAGAAAGCGAUCAAUAUCAGCGUUCGUGAUAUCUCGCUGGAUUCCCUCGUUGACCAAAGACUCGACCAUUUUGGAGAGACUAAGAACCCCAGCGAAUCUCAAAGCGAAAUGGCCGGCCUUCGGAAUGAGUUGGAAUCGAUUCGUGUCUUGAGGCAGAAGAAACAAGAAGAACUGAAGUCGCUUCGAGACAAUCCAGCAAAAUAUUCCGCCAUAGAUGCUGAGGUUAAUAAACUCUCAGCUCAGCACAGCAAUCUUCGCAAACGAGUUAAUCAGAUGAAGGACAAGCAGAAAUCUGACAACCGUACCCUGGAUGCCACUCGUCGAAGAUUUCGUCUCGAUGUUCUUAUGGAGGCUGAUGUUAUAUGCAGCACUCUUUCUGGCGCUGGACAUGACCUUCUCGAGGCACUGGACUUCGACUUGAUAAUCAUUGACGAGGCAGCGCAGGCAAUAGAGCUAAGCUCCCUCAUUCCACUGAAAUAUCGGUUUUCGCGAUGUGUCAUGGUGGGAGACCCCCAGCAGCUGCCACCGACGGUCAUUUCACAGGAGGCCAGCAAGUACCUUUAUAACCAAUCUCUGUUUGUUCGCCUUCAGAAACAACACCCAGAUUCUGUUCAUUUGUUGAGUAUUCAGUAUCGUAUGCACCCCGACAUCAGCCAGCUACCCAGUCGAAUCUUCUACCAGGGCCGGCUGCACGACGGUCCUGGGAUGGCUGAAAAGACUACGCGCUCUUGGCAUAGCGACUCGAAAUUUGGAACGUACCGAUUCUACAAUGUUACUGGAGGACAAGAAACUCCGGGAAAUUUUCACUCUAUCGUGAACAGAGCCGAGAUUCAAAUCGCUGUAGCUCUUUAUUCUCGUUUGGCCAAAGAUUGUUCCUCAGAAGACUUGGACUACCAAGUCGGCGUUGUAUCUAUGUAUCGAGCCCAAAUUAUCGAAAUGCGUCGCGCUUUCGAAAUUCACUUCGGAGCAGACAUUGUGGGUAAAGUGGAUUUCAAUACAGUGGAUGGAUUUCAAGGGCAGGAAAAGGACAUUAUCAUUCUCUCCUGUGUGCGUGCAGGUCCCGGUUUACAGAGUGUCGGAUUCUUGGCUGAUGUUCGACGAAUGAAUGUCGCCCUAACCCGUGCUCGUGCAUCCCUCUUCAUCCUUGGACACGGCCCAACACUAGAAAGAAGUGACGAGACUUGGAAAAGUAUUGUUGGCGAUGCAAGGUCACGAUCUUGCUUAAUCGACGUGAACGUCAAAUAUUUUACUCUUCCUAGCCAGCCUGUAAUAUCUGCUCCGAAGCCCUCGAAACCAACGGCCAUUUCACGCACGACGCUGCCCACCGGCUUGGCGACUCCUCAGGAGCUGAAGGCAUCCAUGACCAGAAAGUCUUCAUCUGAAACUUACGAGCCUCCGGCAGCCGAUCUCUCAACGGAACGUCCAUUGGAGCAUUUAUCAGAACACACGCCGUCGACCACUGCGACUAGCGAACUAAAGGUGCAGAUAGGACAAAAGAGACCAAUACCUGAGGACGACGACAAAGAUACUUCUGCCCAACCUUCAACAGUGAAGCCAAAAGCCAGACCUCCGGUCAAGCGUCAGAAACAAGGGCCAAAUAUAUUCAUACCUAAGAAAGUAUGUCAUCAUAACUCCUCGCCAGGUUACUUUUAUUGA